ACCUCUUUCACAAUGAAAAUGUCCUGUUUUUAUAAACAGCUCUCUUGGGUUGUUGAGGCAGGGUGAAACACACCACUCUCUAUCACAGUCUCUAAAUCUGCCACAAUAAAGGGAACUGUGUAAGAAUCAAGCAUUUCUGUCACUGAUUCAGCCAUGAAUCUGAUCGUGUUGGGGAUUGUGCUCCUCGGGAUUUAUGUCCAACAAUCAGUUUCGCAGAAGGUGGAGUGUUUUUCAUCAUUUACCCUGUCCAGUGGGAAAUGUGGUAAUCUUUUGGGUGAGGUUGAAAAAGAAGACUGUUGCUUGAACCCCAGCUAUGGCUUCAAAGAAGCAGAUGGCGUUUGUAGGUCCUGUGGCUAUAUAAAUAGCAAUGCAACAUGGUCUGAAUGGUCUCCCUGGGGCGAGUGCUCAGUGAGUUGUUCAGAGGGAGUCAGUCAAAGGCGACGAUCGUGUCACGGAAUUGGCAAUUGCCCAGAUCCUGAAAAUCUGGGAAAGGUUCAAACUAAACCAUGUGUGAAAAAAGAUUGCUGCCCAGUGGAAGGUGGCUGGUCAGAGUGGGGGAAGUGGCAACUAUGUUCAGUCACAUGUGGCGAUGGAAUUAAAAAAAGGCGAAGAACAUGUUCUGAACCCAUUUCACAAUGUGGGGGCUCCUGUAGUGGUGCAGAAGAAGAAAUCACCCUUUGCUCCACCAAAAUAAUCUGUCCGACUCAUGGUGGUUGGUCCAGUUGGGGGAGUUGGGGUCCAUGUCCAGUUACUUGUUUUUAUGAAGGACGCAUUCCUCAAAAAGAAUUUCGUAAACGAACAUGCACCAACCCUACUUCAUCUACCAUUCCACGUGGCAAUGCCUGCGAGGGCUCUGACACAGACAGCCGCCCUUGCAGCGGUCUACCGUUCUGCCCAGUUGAUGGAAACUGGGGCUCUUGGGCAGGUCACACACCCUGCUCUGUGACGUGUGGAGUGGGUCAACAGACUCAAAGACGAAUUUGUGACUCUCCUAAACCAGCACAUGGUGGAAAACAGUGUCGAGGUGAAGAGCAACAAACUGGUAUCUGCAUCAUUCCUGUCAACUGUCCAAUAAAUGGGACAUGGAGUGAAUGGGGAGAGUGGAGUAAUUGUAAAUCACCUUUCGGUAAAAAUAUCACAUGCCAAAACAUCAAGGGACAACGAAAGAGAUUGAGGGAUUGUGGUGAUAGAAAAUACAAAGGAACCCCAUGUGAUGGAGAGAUUGUUCAACAUGGCAAGUGCUAUAACAUAGAAGGCUGUAAAAUGAAAGGCGUCUUGUCAGAGUGGAGUGAGUGGAGUAAUUGCACACCUGAUUGUGGGCCAAACUCUACAAAAAUAAGAGAAAUAAAGUGUGUUGCUGACAUCAGUUCAUACAACAUCCAAGACCGCACUAUGUUUGCAGGGAAUCCACAUGUUAAAUGUGACGGUCUGAAAGAACAAACAGAGAGAAUACCAUGUAAAAAUGUUCCUGAGUGCAUGGAUAACAAUUAUGAAUGAGCACAGAAUGCAGAGUAGUUGUUGAAGACAAGAAGACCAGUUGCUGUACACAGUACCUCACCAGCAUUUAGAAGAACCUCAGCAAGCUGUUCUCUUAUGAAAUAUGCUACUAACAGAAAAAUACUUGGUGUGUCAGCCUAUAUGAGAUAAAAUAAAGUUAGCAAAAUUUUUAUAA